GUUGAGUGUAGCUGUUGGGCUGUGUCUGAGGGAGGGAAGGGACGUUGUUGGGUGCCGAUGUGGGACCGAGUCGGGUGACUCCUCCUCGGUCUUGUUGGGACGUGAGACGUUUGGAACAAGCAGGAAAAGUAAGACUAGUGGCUCAGGACAUCAUGAGGCUGAUGGACAUCGUGUAGGUCACAAGCAGGGAUGGUCGGCUAUGACCCUGAGGCUGAGGACCGGGUCCUCUCCAAAGUGCAGGUGGCCGUGGCCGGCUCGCUGUCAGGACUCAUCACUCGGGCCCUCAUCAGCCCCAUGGACGUCAUCAAGAUCCGCUUCCAGCUGCAGGUGGAGCGUCUGUCCCACAAAGAUCCAGGCGCCAAGUACCACAGCAUCCUGCAGGCUACUAGGCAGAUUCUGAAGGAAGAGGGUCCCACGGCCUUCUGGAAGGGCCACGUCCCGGCCCAGCUCCUCUCCAUUGGCUACGGGGCCGUGCAAUUCAUGUCCUUCGAGAUGCUGACGGAGCUGGCGCACAGGGGCAUUGAGCCUGGAGCUAGCAGGUUCUCACUCCACUUCUUCUGCGGGGGGCUCUCUGCCUGCCUGGCCACCCUCACCGUGCAGCCUGUGGACGUGCUACGCACGCGUCUAGCAGCCCAGGGGGAACCCAAGGUCUAUAAAACACUGCUGGAAGCCGUGAUGACCAUGUACAGAACCGAAGGGCCCUUGGCCUUCUACCGUGGCCUGCACCCCACCCUGCUGGCCAUCUUCCCCUAUGCGGGCUUCCAGUUUGCCUUCUACAACUCCCUGAAACAGGCCUACGAGUGGCUUCUGCCUGGGGAAGGCUCCAAUGAGAACUUCAAGAACUUGAUUUGUGGCAGUGGAGCUGGUGUCAUCAGCAAGACCCUGACCUACCCUCUGGACCUCUUCAAGAAGCGCCUGCAGGUCCAAGGGUUCCAGCACGCCCGGACCAACUUCGGCAAGGUCCCCACGUACGCGGGCCUUGGCGACUGCGUCCAGCAGGUUCUGCGCGAGGAGGGCAUGCGGGGCUUCUUCAAGGGACUGUCCCCCAGCAUGCUGAAGGCGGCCCUGUCCACCGGCUUCGUGUUCUUCUGGUACGAGUUCAUCUGCAGCCUCUUUCAUUGUGCCAACAAGAAAAGCAGGUAGCCCAGGAUGCCCGCCACUCUGCCGGGCACUGCAUGGACUCCCACCUAGCCAAGCGGCCCGAGUAAGAAGAGGCGCCCAGAUGUGGACAGCAGGAGUUCCGGGCCCAGGAGGACUCAGUGGGUGCCUCCCGGCACCCACAGACAGAGCUGCUAGAAGGGGCCAGCCAGCCCCCUGCACCAUUUUUCUCUUCGGACGUGCAGUGGGGUCACACUCUGGACUCCAGACUUUCUUAACAGACAUUAAAGCUGCCAGCACAUUCCA